CAAACCCCCCCUCGAAAGCCACUGGAUUAUUUAUGGGCAGGCAUAGUAUCAACACAACUUUAACGGUAUUGCCGUGGCCUUUUAAUCAGUUAAGUGUCUACACGCCUCCAAUUAAAGAAUAAAGAACACCAUGACCAGGGAGCAUUGGAUGCGGGACUUGCCCGUGGAACUGCGUGAUCUUUCGAUCAUUAAUUUGGCCAUUCCAGGUUCCCACAACUCGAUGACUUAUGGCAUAAAUAGUAAGUCCAAGCUAGCGCCCGAUGCGGAAACUUCCAUUAGACGAUGGCAUCGCUUCUUUCCCUGCUUCGUGCGCCGCUGGAGCAGGACCCAAUCCGCCGGGACACUGGAGCAACUGCAGCUGGGAGUGCGGUACUUCGAUCUGAGGAUAGCCCAGAAGGAUGACAAGUUCUACUACUGCCAUGGCCUGUUUGCCAUGGAGAUUUUCGAGCCGCUCUUGGAGAUUCGCCAGUUCGUGGACUCGCACCCCGGGGAGGUUGUCAUCCUGGAUCUGCAGCACUUCUAUGCCCUGACAGUGGCCCAUCACCAGCAGCUUCACAAGGAUCUGAUCCAGUUCUUUGGCCAUCGUCUGUACUCUACCGCCGAUGGUUCUCUCAAGGAUUGCACCUUGAACCGCUGUCUGGAGAUGCAACGCAACUUGGUGAUCAUCUAUCGGCGAUGUCCCAUUCCGCUGCCCCUGAGAUUCUGGCCCAGUUAUUCGUGGCCCACACCGUGGCCGAAUAAAGCCAGUGUCAAGAAGCUGCAAUCCUUUCUGGAGGACUCUCUGUUGUCACGGCAGCCCCAGCAGGGAUAUGUCUCCCAGUGCCUCAUCACGCCCACUGGUCGCUAUAUUGCCUUCCGGCUCUUCUUCACCCUGAAAAGUACAGCCAAGCGGGUGGACAAGAAGCUGCAGCCAUGGAUUCAAGAGCAGAUCCCGGGUCCUUUUGAGCCGACGGAGGAGCCCAGGGUGAAUGUGUUCCUGGCCGAUUUUGUAAACCUUAAGGAGGGACAGUUCUGCGAUUGGGUUCUGGAGCUAAACACAAAGUUGCAGGUAAGUAUGGCUAAUCCGGAAAAGGAAUAUACUUGAAAUUGGUCUGAAAAGAUUUGUUUUUUACGUUUUUACGCUCAAAUAUGUGGGAACUAUUUUAUAUAAUGAGCAAACCACAUCGCUACACUAUAUCUCAAAGAUAUUUCUUUUGAUACAACGUUGUUUUACAAAUCGUGAUAAACUUUUGUAAAGGCAAUUGGUAUGUAACCAGUGAUAUUGGAGGUAAAAAUACUUUAAAUGUCUAUUUGAAAGCAGCUACAUAUGUACAAAUAUUUUUUCGAAAUUAAGUCUAGCACAUUAU